CGAUAUUUAUUAAUAAAUACAAGAAUCAAAUAUAUAGCAAACGAGACAAGGAAAUGCAUUUUUAUCACUGUACAAAGAUUGAAAUUGCUGUUGAAUUCAAUCCAGAGGAAAGAAGAGGAGAGAGGAGCAAACCAAGAACACAAAGGCAGCAGAUGGCUUCCCCUCCAUUAGAGUUUUUGACGGGCAAGAUAGUGUCGAUUAUCGAAAAUGAAGUGUCACUAAUAGGAGGAGUUCGUGACCAACUCGAUGAAAUCAAGCGUGAGCUGCUAACCAUGAAGGCUUUCCUGGCAGAUGCUGGAAAGAAGGGAGCUCUCAGUGAAGUAGAGAAAACAUGGGUCGAAAAUGUGAGGGACGUAUCCGUCGAUAUCGAAGACAUCAUUGACCAGUUCACCUAUCAAAUGAACAAGCAGAGAAGUUGGGGUCCAUACACAAGAGCCUUUCGUCAAAUGAUUUGCUUCCCCAAGCAUCUUUGGGAGAGGCAUAGGAUCGCCACCAAAUUGCACAAGAUCAUCAUAACAAUCAGAGCUAUUCGACAAAGAAACCAAUGCUAUGGCGUUGAUCGCAUAGAAGGCAUCGGUGCUUCGCAUAAUUACGAUCCCAAUCGAGUCAGAAUCUAUGGUGAGUCCUCUCUUUUCUUUAAAGAUGAUGAACUUGUGGGAAUCAAAGCUGCUAAAGACAAGUUAGUUGGAUGGUUGUUGUCUGAACAUCCAGAAAGAAGUGUAAUUUCGGUGGUUGGAAUGGGAGGUUCUGGCAAGACCACCUUAGUGGCAAACACCUUCAACAGUCAAACUGUAAAGAAACACUUUGAUUGUCAUGCCUGGAUCACAGUCUCGCAAACUUACAACAUCGAAGAUCUGCUAAAGAUAAUGAUCAAGGAACUUUUUAGAGCUGCAAUGGAAGCUAUUCCUCUUGACAUAAGCAAUAUGAGCUACAGAGGUUUGGUGGAAAUGCUUAUAAAAUAUUUGCAGCCGAAGAGGUACGUGAUUGUCUUGGAUGAUGUAUGGGAUAGAGAACUCUGGAGCCACAUAAACGUAGCACUUCCUGAUGGAGCACAUGGAAGUCGAGUUGUGCUUACAACUCGGAAUGAAGACAUUGCUUCAUUUUCAUUCGGGGUCAGAAGCCAUGUGUACCAUGUUCAUCCUCUCAUUGAAAAAGAGGCUUGGGAUCUUUUUUCCAUGAAAGCUUUCUCUAGCUGGCCAGACAGGUCCUGCCCCCAAGAGCUCGAACACAUUGCUAGGGAUCUUGUUAGAAAGUGCAAAGGUUUACCCCUUGGAAUUGUGGCUUUGGGUGCUCUCAUGUCAACCAAAAGAUUAACGUCCGAGUGGACGAGAUUCUGCAGUAGCUUGAAUUGGGAGCUAAGCAACAAUCCAACACUUGAAGUAGUAAGAAGCAUCCUACUGCUAAGCUUCAACGGUUUACCUUAUCGACUCAAGCGUUGCUUCUUAUAUUUUUGCAUUUUUCCAGAAGAUUAUGUGGUUAAAUGUGGAAGGCUUAAAAGGCUGUGGAUGGCAGAGGGGUUUGUCGAACAAGUUCGAGGGGCUAGGCCAGAAGAGAUUGCUGAAAGCUACAUUGCGGAGCUCACUUGUCGAUGCAUGCUGCAAGUUGUUCAGAGGGAACCAUCUGGAAGGGCAAAAACAUUCAAGGUGCAUGACCUUUUGCGAGAACUUGCCCUUUCAAUUUCAGAAGCUGAGAAAUUUUGUGCAGUGUAUCACAGUCAGGAAGCAAAUGAAGGGUGUAAAGAUGCACACCGGUUAUCACUGCGAGCAAGCAAUGGAGAAUUUCAACCACAGAGAGAUAUGUCAAAGGUUCGUACCUUCUUUAUUUUUUCCCCUGAGAUGAGCGAUUCUUCUUCGUUGGAAAAACUGCCGUCUGGUUUCAAACUCUUAAGAGUCUUGGAUCUAAAAUAUCUUCCACUUGCUCAGCUCCCAGAUGAUAUAGUGAAGUGCUUUAACUUGAGGUAUUUAAAUCUGAAAUCAACGAAAGUGAAAGAGCUUCCGAAAGACAUAGGAAAGCUCCACAAUUUGGAAACAUUAAACAUUAAGAACUCCAUGAUAAGGUCACUUCCAGUUGGAAUGGUGAAGUUAAAAAACCUACGACAUCUUUUGAUGUACCAUUAUCCGGCGUAUGAUGUCAAGUCUUUUAAUUGGUUGGAUAGCACACAAGCAAUGUUCGACAUAAGUAAGCUAGAGAGCUUGCAAGUGUUGGAUGGUAUCGAGGCAGGAGGUGAGCUAAUCAAACAACUUCGACACAUGACCCAACUCACAAGACUUAGCUUAUCAAAUGUGAGAGGUGUUGAUGAGAAGGAUUUGUGCAAAUCAAUUGAGAGCAUGAAACUCAUCGAAUUCUUAGGUGUCAAGACAAGUGACGAGGAUGAAGUAUUACGCUUGGAUGCAUUGCCAACAACUCCUCCUCUACUCAAGACACUUGUCCUAACAGGAAAGCUAGAAAAGGUUCCACAUUGGUUUCAUUCCCUUGACAGCGUUAUAUACUUGAGUUUGCAUUGGUCCAGAUUAACAGAGGAUUUCCUUCCUUACAUCCAAACACUGCCAAAUUUGACCAAACUUGUGCUACACAAUGCACACGUCGGGAAUCAAUUAGUCUUUCAUACUGGAUUCCAAAAGCUUACUGAAUUAAGUCUAGGCAAUUUCCCUGAAUUGAAUACCAUCAUCAUAGAGAAUGGGGUGAUGCCAUCACUACGGACACUGCGGAUUGGGGAGUGCAUGGAGUUAAAACAAUUGCCUGAUGGAAUUGAACACCUUACAUGUCUCCAAGAAUUGAAUUUUAUAGAUGUUCCCAGUGAACUCAUAGAGCGAAUACGUGGAGAAGGAAGCUUGGAUCGUUCUAAGGUCAAGCACAUCUCCGACAUCCGUUAUUGCUGCAAAAUAGAAUUGGGGUUCUGGGCUUGGAAAAGAUUGUGAUCCUCCCCAAAUCCCUUUGUUUUCCGAUAUCUGUACAAAACUUGCUGUGUUAUUACCCCGUUUGUGGCUUAAAUGUAAUACUAUUUGGGAAUCCUACUUUUUCUUUCA